CUAGUGUCCACCAAAUUCCUCAGCGCUCUCUCCCUCACAGCCUCUGCGGCCACGGCUCCGGGGUGGGGAGCGGAGCGUCGGUUUCCUUCCCAAAGAAGCCCUGGCCCGGGCGGCUCCUUCUGCGAAGGGGGAAGGGGUGUGAGACCCAACCAGAACCCCAACUCCAGCUCCCAACACGCGGUGGCUGCUCCACCCGGCACACGAGGGGGGCCCACUGGUUUCCGGGUCUCUCUGUCCUCUCUCCCUCCCCUCUCUCCCUCGCAUCCUCUCCCGCAAACAUGUCCACCGGCUCCCUCAGCGACGUGGAGGACCUCCAAGAAGUGGAGAUGCUGGACUGCGACGGGCUGAAGAUGGACUCGAGCAAGGAGUUCGUGACUUCCAACGAGAGCACCGAGGAGGGCUCCAACUGCGAGGCGGGGUCUCCCCAGAAGGGCCGCGGCGGCCUGGGCAAGAGGAGGAAGGCGCCCACCAAGAAGAGCCCCCUGAGCGGGGUCAGCCAGGAGGGGAAGCAGGUCCAGCGCAACGCGGCCAACGCGCGCGAGCGGGCCCGCAUGCGGGUGCUGAGCAAGGCCUUCUCCAGGCUCAAGACCACGCUGCCCUGGGUGCCCCCGGACACCAAGCUCUCCAAGCUGGACACGCUCCGGCUGGCGUCCAGCUACAUCGCCCACUUGAGGCAGAUCCUGGCCAACGACAAGUACGAGAACGGGUACAUCCACCCGGUCAACCUGACGUGGCCCUUUAUGGUGGCCGGGAAGCCAGAGAGCGACCUGAAAGAAGUGGUGACCGCGAGCCGCUUGUGUGGCACCACGGCGUCCUGACCUUGGAGGUGCAAGUCUGGGAAAGGCGCGCUCCCGGGGGAAGAGCCCCGCGAAGGCGACCCCUGCCCUCCCUGCUCCCUGCCCCUGCUUCCCCCGCCAAGCUCCUCUCCCCGGCCCACCCCGCGAGAACACUUUACAGCGACGAGGAGAUUCGUUUCCAAACCGGAGGAGAUCGGUUGUGCUGACAACGAUUCCCAUCUAUUUAACUUUAUUCCUGGUACCGUGAAUGACUCUGCGAGCCUUGCUGGUCCAAGUGCAAUAUGUAAUUAUAAAUAUAUGAAUAGCUAAUAAGAGCCUAUCGAUGUGUAUCUGUUGUACAAUAUGUUGUAAAGUGUAGAUCAUAGAAUAGCUGACUUUGACAGUCACAUUUAUAAAGUAAUUCACUCAAAAGAUAUAUAUUUUUUUCAAACAAGUUUUUCUACUUUUUGAAAAUAAAUCUCUCUUUAUAUUGCUAAAA